AUGGCUCGCCCAGGGAAGCGGAAGCGUGCAACUUCGGCCCGGGGUGGUGUCUCGGAGGAUGAGCCGCCUACCAAGAGGGGGAAGACGACCGUCGGUCCUGAACAAUCGCUCUCUUCACAAAACCAGCAUGCUGUCCUGAAUCAGUUCUACCCUCAGGUAUCGACUCUGCGCAAUUAUGUCCUCUCCAAACUGCCAUCCUCCUCGAGGAUUCGCAGGAAGAAGGUAACUGCGGUGGGCGCAAGGGGCAAGUCUCUCGACACAUCCCUAUCUGAUGUGGAAUGUUCUCUGGGCGCCCUACUCGACACCACGCUCGUUGGCAUCCCGGAAAACCCCAAGGAUGACGGGGACAGUCGUGUGGAGGGAUGGAGGAAUUUCUCAUCCCAAAAGGGCGACGAGUCCUAUGUGACGCUGUCUAAUGGUAUCGCUGGGUUUGCCGAGUCACAGUCUCUGAUCGUAGAGUACGUGAUAAGGACUCUCUUUUCCAGAGAGAAGUCUCUCAAAUGGCCAAAGCAUCUACUUUGUGAUGGAUUCCGGCGCGAUCGUGGCUUGGGUCUGCGUGCAAUCCGUCCCAACCCCCAUGUCGAGACUUUACAACACGCCCCAUGGCCACAGUUGUUGGCGCUUUUAGGUGAAGCUGGAGAUCGCAUCAUGAUAGAUCUCCUUCUCGACUGCGCAAUCUUUGUCUCUGUUGCUGCAGGAGUGAACAACUUUUGUCAAAUCAGUGGACAGCCAUUGUCCAAUGUCGACCCUGUCCGUCCCGAGACAACGGGAGACGUACAGCUGGCUCAAGACGUCAAGAGCCCGUCAGAGCUCGUCUUUGUCAGAAAUCGUAUGCUUUAUGCCAGGGCUGCUCUCAAUGCUCGAGGACUGGUGCAUUUUGGACUACGACACAUUCAUGUACUGAAUCGGUCGCCGUACAAUCAUCUAGACGAGGAUCCAGAACUCUCCAUUGAGAAGCAGGAACAAACGGUCCGUCGGAAUGGCAUCAAUACCUUGAGAGUCACGAUGUACAUGUUUCCUCGCCAAUUCCGGCUUCAUAAUGUGUUCACAUCCAAAGUCGACUUGAAGGAGACAUCCCAACGCCUCAAAGACUACACACUACGAGAAGACGAAAUUAACGAAAAAUUUGGUCGACUAGGUGAUGCUGAUGUUCGAGUGCGUAUACCGAAAAGACUCAGGGGUAAUGUGUCCGACCUGGUUCAGAAGCUACAGAUUCUGCACCAGCGUUGUUCUUACUCCAAACUUCUUCAGCAUCACUGCCCAGUCCAAUACUCUCUUGAUCGACAGGAAUCAAGGCCCGUAGCUGUUGACGCGCCGCGCAAAUCUUCGCGAAAGUCGAGAACACCACACAAGAAGUCGACCCAACAGUCUCAAAAACAGGUAGCGGUGUCGCAACGAGCUCAGACUUCGUCGGUGGUGGAACUGGCGACAUCCCCUGCCAGUGUAUCUGCCUUUUGCCGGGCAGUCUUGAAGAAGGUUGUCCCUCGGGGAUUUUGGGGCAGUGACUCAGUUGCGGACCACAAUGAGAGCCUCUUCCUGGCAAAAGUUGACCGAUUCAUCUCAUUGAGGCGUUUUGAAGGCAUGUCGCUUCACGAAGUAGCGCAAGGGAUGAAGUUUACCGACAUAAACUGGCUCGCACCGCCGUUGCUCAUGGCGAAAAAGACAUCCAAGACAGACGCGCAGAAGCGUCUCGAGCUCUUCAACGAGUUCCUGUAUUUCCUAUUUGAUUCGGUUGUGAUACCCCUGAUCCGCAGUAACUUUUACGUCACUGAGUCGAACACUGAUAAGUACCGACUCUUCUUCUUUCGUCACGAUAGUUGGCGCUCUUUGGUCGAGCCUGCGAUGGCAACCUUGAAAGGAAUUAUGUUCGAGGAAGUCAAUCAGGUCGACGCCCGUCGAAUACUGGACUCCCGCCUGCUCGGGUUCAGUCAGGUCAGAUUGCUUCCCAAGGGCAUCAACAUGCGACCCAUCAUGAACUUGCGCAGGAGAGCUGCUUUGCGAGGAAAACCUAAAGAGCUGGGAUUGGGUAUCAACAAGGUCUUAGCACCUGCGCAUACUGUCCUCCAAUUGGAAAAGAUCAUGCAUCCUGAGAGAUUGGGCUCGACGAUGUUUUCCGUGGGUGACAUCUACAAGCGCAUCAAGCCUUUCAAAUCCAGGAUGGGACCCGGCCUUCCCAAGUUCUACUUUGCGAAGCUCGACGUGCAGUCAGCCUUCGACACGAUACCUCAAGCAGCUAUUGUUGGCUUGCUCGACUCGAUCCCUCAGCAGCGCCAAUACCGAGUAGCCAAGUACCUUGAAGUCACGCCCAACCUGGCAAGCCAAGGGAACGGUGCGCAUUCGAAGUCCAAGCCAUUGAAGAAGUGGCCCUCGGCAGCCAUCAGCAAAGACGACACCUCCACGUUCCUUCAACAAUUGGAGUCUGGUCGCGCAACUACGAAGCGGAACACAGUCUUCGUCGACCUCUGGAAGCAGCAGUAUGAGACCAGCGAGCUACUUCAACUCGUGGCAUCUCACAUCCAGCAGAACCUCGUGAAGAUCGGCAAGAAGUUCUACAGGCAGAAGAAGGGCAUUCCCCAGGGAUCCGUGCUAUCAUCCACCCUCUGCAACUACUUCUACGCCGACCUCGAGAUCCACGUACUCCCGUUCGUUGACUCGGGGGACUGUCUGCUCCUGCGGCUUAUCGAUGACUUCCUACUCAUCACGACAGAUCGGAGCAAAGCCGUGCGGUUCGUCGAGGUCAUGCACCGUGGCGUGCCCGAGUACGGGGUCACGAUUAGCUCGCAGAAGAGCCUCGUCAACUUUGACUUGGAAAUCGAGGGCAAUAAAAUACCGAAGCUGGAAAACGGAAAGGGUUUUCCCUACUGUGGAACGGUGAUCGACUGCAAGACGCUGGAUAUCGGCAGAGCUCAGAACAAGGAGAAGGCCACGGCCAUAUACAACUCUCUGACUGUCGAAUACACUCGAGCUCCGGGCCGGACGUUCCAGCGGAAAGUUCUCAAUGCCUUCAAGAUCCAGAGCCACCUAAUGUACUUCGACACCGGAGUCAACUCGGUACUGACCAUGUUGACCAAUGUCCACAACGCCUUCACGGAGACGGCCACCAAGAUGUGGGCGUACGCGCGCUGCCUGCCUGCGCCGAAGCAGCCCUCCGCAAAAAUGGUCAACAGCACCAUCUCCAAGCUGUCCGAAGUGGCCUACCUGCUUCUCAUAAGCACGGCCCGCAAGCUCAGGUACCCAGGCUACGUCUGUGAUGUCAAGAAGUGCGAGGUGUCCUGGCUGGCGUACACCGCUUUCCACAAGGUGUUGACGCAGAAGCAGGCGAGGUAUGGGGACACGUUGGGCUGGCUCAAGGUAGAGAUGUGGAAGCUGAGCCUGCUUAAGGAUAUUCGGCAUGGUCGGGUACACCACGUCAAAUAA